UAAGGGGGGAAGGUUAUAAUAUCAUGAAUAUUAAGAAUAUCUUUGGUAAUCAUUUGAAUAAAAUAUAAGCAAAAUACGAUUACAUAAGGAGGGGAGAGACAUUUUUAAAUACGCAUAAAAAAGUCACCUGAAUGUGCAUGAUUUAUAGUUUUUAAAGUUAAAAUAACACGGAGAUGGAUGCCCCAAGUUUACGGAGGCAACCAACACUACCAAUUGGUCCUCCAAAUGAGAAUCCGCCGAGAAAAAUCCUCAUAGCUAAACGCCGUUUACCUAGUCGAUCUAGUAAAACAGUUUCUUUGGUUUCAUCGGCAUCAAGUACGUCGUCACUGAUAAAACCUUCGCUAUCAAAGAAAAGUACUUCUAUCACAUCUAUGUCAAGUAAAAGAAGUGUAACAUCAUCUUCCCUAUUCAAAGUUCCAUCGCUUACGAAGAAAGCUUCUAUCACAAAAGAAGUAAGCGAUAUCGCAACAGCGGCAAUUGCACUGGAUUCUGGGUCACAUGUCGGGAAAACCGGCGUAAUAACUGCUGACGACAUCGAUGGAGACGUUGAUAUAACGGAAGUAGAUGGCACAUCUCCUUUUUCUGAGACAGGAGAAGCAGUAGUCUCAUCUUUGAGAAAAAGUUUGUCAGGAAGUAGCACAUUAUCAAAGAAGUUAUCACGAAAGAAAAGUUCCAGUACUACGUUAGCUCCACUGCUGCCACCAUUACCACCUGGAGGACUUGUUGAGAUUGCUUUUUCCUUUGAUACUACAGGAUCUAUGAGCGCAGCUUUAAAUGAAGUCAAAGGAAGAAUCAAAGACAUUGUACAAAAACUCCAGUCAGAUGUACCAGGGAUACGAAUAGCAAUUUUUGCUCAUGGCGAUUACUGCGACAAAGAUGAUUACAUUAUUAAGUGGAUUGAUUUUGGGGCAACACUUCCAGAGCUUCAUGACUUCGUAAAUAGUUGUGGAGAUACAGGUGGUGGUGAUGGUCCUGAAUGUUACGAACUUGUUUUGAGGCGUGCAACAGAAGUUUUGUCAUGGACUCCAGGUAGCAAACGUUCUCUUGUCCUCAUUGGAGAUGACAUUCCACACGAACCAGGGUACAAAUAUGGCGACUUUACAAAUGAUAUUGACUGGCGUAAUGAAUGCACCAAGUUGAAAGAUAUGGGAGUCAAGGUAUAUGGCGUUGCUGUAAAAGCAGGUAUCUGUGAACAGAAGUUUUACCAAGAACUGGCAACAAGAACGGAUGGACUUAUGAUAACUUUGGAAAACUUUAACCUGAUAUUUGAUUUAAUGAUGUCGAUUUGUUAUCGGGAAGGCGGCGAUGAACUAUUAAGUGCUUAUCAGGAUGAACUGAAAGAGAAAUAUGGAAUUACAAAAUUGGUAAAAAAUUGGUCAGGAAUGUUUGGUGGCCUCUCAUCCGCUGCUGGUACAACCAGGACAGGUUUAUUUGGUGGUGGUUUUGGAACACCAAUGGGUGGGGGUUUUGGAACAACAAUUGGUACUAGUACAUUUGGAACACCAACUGGUGGGCUACUUGGAAUGAUCGGAAGACCAGGUGCUAUUCCUAAAAAGGGGAAAACAAACAAGAUUAGAACCAUAAAAACAACAAAACUUGGAAAGAAGGCACUCAAAGGGAAAACACCAAAAACAGCAGCUAAAGGACCAAAGAAAGAAAAUGGAAAACAGAAAAGAAAGGAUAACCAACAUGACAUUCCAAGAGAAAAAAGAAAUGAUCGCAAAUUUAAAACAACAAAACCACUCAAUCGUCUUCAGUGGUCACUUUGGAAACAGGCAAUGAAUAAAGCCAAGUUGUCUAAAAAAGAAGAAUGGGCGAAAUGGCUGAAUGGCUACGUCACUAAACAGAUAUUUGCACGUGACAUUGAAGAUGCUGCUGUCUACGAGUUUGCAGUACAACCUCCCAACAAGAAAAAGAAAUAUCCUGUCACGUUUUCUGUUGUCAAUGGAUUGCCAUCAUCUGGUAAAUGGUGUAAACAGUUGGUAGGUCGAAAGCACAUUCGAGAGAAACUAAAGCAAGCCAUUGCACAGAAUGCAAAAGUGUUUGUUAGGCGUGGUAAAUUUAAAAAGAGAAAUAAGAAAUUUAUGGAAAAAGUUCGAAAACAUCUUGCAAAAAGCAAUUAUCCUUUUGGAUGUUCCAAGAAGAAUGCUCGUGUUUUCAAAAUUAAAGAUUUUAUUAUAAGUUAAGUUUUAAGACAAGAACAUCGUGCACAAGAAUAUUAAACAUACAAAAACAGGCAGCUGUCAUGAAAACACAGUGUCAUUGUAAAAUGCACUGGGUAAUAUAUUUUUUCGAUCUUUUAACAAAUAAUUGUAUAUGUUAUUGGUGGUAUAUAUAUGUAUCAACAUAGUUUAAAGUUGUAUCUUGGUUUGAUAAUUAUAGAUCGCAAUGUUUUCCUCGGCAUAAUUUGUACUUUAUAAAUUUGAAAUGACUAAUUGCUGUAAUAAGCAAGUUGUGUUAAAUUUAUUAUAUCUGAUUUCAGUUUUGUUUCAAUUCUGCAUUAAAAAACUAAUAAACUUUGUCAGGUUU